AUGCUGUCUCAGAACCAGACGCCAAAGGCCGUCAAAAGUAAAGAGACUAAGAGUUCUGAGGAAUAUGAAGCGCUGCAGAGUUUCCUUCGCAGCAUCAGCUCGACGGUUACACUGCCGCCCUAUGUAAAAGGCGAGACCUACUCCUCUGUACGAGGAGUUUUUAACCAGUACAAGAAUAAUUUAUUGGUUGAGUUGUCAGGUUAA